AACGUGGAGUUCGUCGGCUGUUGUUCAACACUAUCAGUCAGCUGUCUACGUAGGCUGUCAAAAGGGGAAGAAGCAGCAGCAAAAAGUUUCGCUUAACAUAAAUUAUUUUCUUCGGCAAAUUAUUGGAAUUUGAUCGGCCAAGAUGUCCUUGACGCCGUUUUUCCGCCUACCCCUCACAGAUUUGACGGGUUGCCUGAUCAAUCAUCAAACCUACGAUAAAUGCGGCAAAUUUGAAAUGGACAUGAUGGACUGUCUGGAGGCUUACGGUAUGGAGCGUGGCAAGAAAGUCUGUGCAGAAAUUAUUAACGAUUUCCAGGAGUGUGUUGGCAUGCAGAAGCAGUUGCUGCGCUUCCACGCCAUGAGAAACGAACGCUAUAAGCAGUGGCUGUUGGGAGACCGUAAAAAGGAAGAACUCUUUGCCGAACCCCCACGUGUGGACGCCUAUUAGUUUGUAGAGCUACCACAAGAAUAAUUUCAUACCUAUUCUUUAGCUGAAAUUGUUUAACAUUAAAGAAAGAUAACAUUGAAUGGAGACGCCAAA